AUGGAUCACUUCAACAAAUCAUCUCAUAAAACAUUCUCCAUCCCUCUGAUCAGACUGCAGGGGACAAAAGCCUCCAAAAAUGGAGACAAGACCAUUUUGUUCAACCCCGGUGGUCCGGGAGGCAGCGGCAUCGGCUUGAUUCGAGGCGCCGGUGGAAGAUUUAACCAGAUGCUUGGAGAAAACUACAAUCUCAUGAGUUUCGAUCCUCGAGGUGUCAAUGCCACGAUUCCAAAAGCGAGUUGUUACGGCACCGCUGAACAAAGAGCCGAAGAACUUGUGAACCUUCCUUUCGACCUAGAGUAUGAAGCUUGGAAAAUGUAUGCAAAAGCCGAGAAUGGUGCCAAAGCUUGUGACGAUACGAUGGGUGAACAUGGGUGGUACAUCAAUACGCCACAGACUGCUGCGGAUAUGAAUUCAAUCCUGGAUGCGAUUGGCCAGGAGAAGAUGUAUUACUGGGGUGGUAGUUAUGGAACGACUUUGGGUCAAACCUACGCUCAAAUGUUCCCAGAAAGAGUCGCUCGAUUGGUCAUUGACGGCGUGAGCAAUCUAGAUGAGUGGUACAACUCAUUCGUCUUCGAAGAGUGGCUAGAAGAUACCGAUAAGGUCUUCUACGGGUUCAUCGAAGAAUGUUACAAAGCCGGAAAACGAUGCCCUCUCAAUUCCGUCAAAAAGAAUGGAUUCAAGGCCGCAAGCGAGCUUCAAACCUUCAUCGACAACUUCCUCGACAAUCUAGAAAAAGCUCCCAUUCCCGUAUAUCUAAACAACACACAUUACGGCGCGAUAACUCGACAAGGACUCGUAGCCAAUGGCAUUUUCCCCUCCCUAUACAUGCCACUCGCAUGGCCCUUCUUGGCCUCAAAUCUCGCCGAGCUGCUCAAGGGUAACACAGAACCAGCAUUCUUAGCAUACAGUAGUAGCUGGCUUGGACACAUUCUCACCGAUGAAACGAAUAACUUCGUAAUCGCCAACGACAACUGGAAUACCGGUGUCAAAGCACCAGUCCACGGUCUCCAACCGGUGCAGAAUUUCACUCGCGCAAUCCCUCAACAAUCGAAACUCGUUUCCAAAUAUCGCGGAUUUGACAUCUAUCGCAGAGCAUCAUGGUCUAUUCCAACCACUCACAAUUUUCAUCCGCAUUACUAUCCUGCGUAUCCGAAAGUCAAGACCGCGGAGCCGAUCCUCGUCGUUUCUUUGACAUGGGAUCUUGUCUGUCCGCUGGCUUCUGCUAAGAAAGCCUUUGCGAGCUUUGAGGGGGCUGGAUUUGUUGAGCAAAAAUCUUACGGGCAUUGUAGUACUAGUAUGCCGUCGUUGUGUACUGCUAAGCAUGUUCGAAGGUAUUUUGAUGAAGGAGUGUUGCCUGAGAAGGGUGCAACUUGUGGUGUCGAUGGCGAAUAUUUCCCAGGGCCAGAUGGUUCUUCACUUACUGAGUUGAGCGAGGAGGAUGCUGAGUUGCUUGAAGCUUUGGAGGGUUUGGCGGCUCAGCCGAUCUUCAAGCCUCUUUCACCGGCAGGCUCUCUUUUUGUUUGA